AUGUAUGGCAUGCUGUUGGAGAGCGUACAACACUUUGUACAGCUCGAAUAUGGGGAAUUUGUUUGGCGCCAAGCGUUGCUCACCACUGGAUGCAAAAAUACUGUCUUCAAUACACAUCAGCUUUAUCCCGACAGCUUGAUUCCAGAUCUUGCGGCGGCGCUUUCCGCCAUUACCGGAAAACCUUUCGAUGAGUUUAUGAUUUUCUUCGGACGAUGCUUUGUGCGUUUCUUCAGCAACUUUGGCUACGACGAGCUGAUCAAGGCCACCGGGCGUUACUUCUGCGACUUUCUGCACUCGGUCGACAACAUUCAUCUGCAGAUGCGUUUCACAUAUCGUAAGAUGAAGAGUCCUUCGAUGCAGUUGACCGAGGUGGACGAACAUGGCGCGGUUCUAGUCUACCGGAGCACGCGCACAGGUUUCUCGAAGUAUCUGCGUGGACAGCUGCUAGAAAUAGCGAAACAGCUGUACGGGAUGGACGUCAGCAUAAAGGUGCUGGAAAGUCAGAACGAUAAUCCAGGAGGAACGUCUGGGCCUAUCUCCAUACAGGGCGGUCUGAAGACGGUCAUCGUGAAGUAUCGUUUGGACUUUGAUAAUCGAGAAUAUAUGCAACGGCGUGUACACAUCAAGGCGCACCCGUCACAACUACAGCUGACGCCCGUUAACAGUCUGUUACUGCUGAAUCUCUUCCCAUUCGCACUCAUACUUAACGAAGAAAUGAAGAUCACCGCCGUUGGCGAGAAGCUGAUCGAGUCUUGGAUGCUCAACAAUGCUAACCGUUCGCCGACGGAGCUUAUUGGGGCAAAAGUUACGGAACACUUCAAGCUGCGCCGUCCCAGUGGAAUUACCUUCACUUGGGAGAAUAUUAAAAGACUUCAGACCGUUCUGUUUGAGAUACAGUUGCUAAAGGGAUCAUCGGCCAAGGGUGCGAAAGAUCCGGCAAAAUCGAUUGAAUACCAGCCGACACCGAGUCAGACGGAACGGACCACCGCCCCUGAAGACGCUUCUAAGCUGAUGUCAUCUAUUCCACGACGGGGAUCGCAGGGUCUAAGAAGUAUUUUGCUCAAGGGAGAAAUGCGCUACAUCAAAGACAUAAACUCACUCGUUUUUCUAUGCAGCCCUCUAAUCAACAACUUAGAGGAGCUGCGUGAAAUGGGUCUCUACUUAAACGAUCUGAACCCUCACGGGUUGAGUCGGGAGAUGGUGUUCUCCGGAUUUUCACACUACUCUCGGCUGGACUUGAUGUGUGAACGGGAGGAACAGCGUGCGGAAGAACUUGAAACUUCACUAGCGCUGGCCGACUCGUGGAAGCGCCAGGGCGACGAACUGUUGUACUCCAUGAUCCCACGCUCCAUAGCGGAGCGGCUACGCGAGGGCCAGAACCCGCACGAGACUUGCCAGAGUUUCGAAGAGGUGACGGUGCUUUUCGCAGAGGUCCAGGAGACGAUCACGGGCGACGAUUCGAUAAAGUAUGCCAUGACAACGGUCAACACGCUCAACGCCGCAUUUAGCGCGUUCGAUGAGUUGAUAAAUUCGCCUAUGGCCUACAAGGUGGAGACGGUCGGGAAGGUGUACAUGGCAGUGAGUGGGGCGCCUGACAUUAAUCCUUUCCACGCGCAGCACAUGGCAGACUUGGCACUGGAUAUGCUACACAGCAUUCGGGAGCUAAAUCUUCCGGGUGUUGGCGUGAAGAUAGGCUUCCACUCGGGCCCAAUAGUGGCGGGGAUUGUGGGGCUGAAAGUACCCCGGUACUGCCUGUUUGGGGAUACGGUGAACACGGCCUCACGCAUGGAGAGCAGCGGCGACACAGACCGCAUCCAGGUAUCGGGCUAUACAGCGCAAAAGUUAAAAAAGAUAGGCUACGCUCUUUCAUAUCGUGGGAAGGUGGCUGUUAAGGGCAAAGGAGACAUGGAAACAUUCUGGCUGGAGGGAGCACCGAGCAAACAGAAGUAG